AUGUCCAGAUCCCCUGCUUCUCUUCGCUUCCUCCUUUGCUACUCUUCUCUCUUUUUUGAUGGAGCAGUCGCCAUUCACCUUGGUGUCAUCGUGAAUACCAACUCUCCAGUCGGAAGAGAGCAAAAGAUCGCCAUUGAGACCGCAGCGCACCACUUCAACGCCUCCACUACAGCACUAUUCCUCGAUGUCUGCGAGUCCAACAGCACUGAUCCCGUCCAAGGAAACGCUAACGCUAGAAGUCUCAUCGGAAGGGGGGCAGAAGCAGUAAUUGCCACGGGGACAUGGCCAGAGGUGGUGACAGUGGCCGACAUCGGCUACAAAGCAGGGAUUCCGGUGCUCUCUCUGGCCACAACAUCGCCGUCAACCUUACCUCCAAGGCCUUUCCCGGUGCGAAUGUCGUACCCUGCCUCCGUUCAGCUCCGCUGCCUCGCCGGGGUCGUGAAAUCGUACAACUGGCGGAGAUUCAUCGUCAUCUAUGAAGAAGAUGACUAUGGUAGCAUUGGUGCAAUGGCCUCACAACUUUCCCAUGCCCUCGGCGUUGGAUCGGAGGUCAUCGACUCCAUCGCCUUCCCACCCGUCGACACAUUCUCCGAUCCAACGGCUUCAGUUCGGGAAGAGCUGAAGAGGAUACGCCGUCAUCUCUCUAAGGUGUACAUCAUCCUCCGGUCCUCACCAUCGCUGGCUGUCCAUCUGUUCGAGGAAGCGAAGGAGUUGGGAAUGAUGGCGAAAGGCCAUGUAUGGAUUGCCAACGACGAUAUCACCACCCUCCUCGACUCGACCUUGGCCCCCUCAUUCAUCUCUUCUUACAUGCAAGGGGUGGUAGGAAUCAAGACCUACUUUAAUGAGACAAGCGAUCGCUACCAGGACUUCUCCGCCGAAUUCCGGCGAAGAUUCAAAGCGGAGUAUGGGAGCAAGGGGGAGACUUACUUUGAGCCUGGAAAGUUUGCACUUCGAGCAUACGAUGCAGUGCAUGCGAUCGCUCAAGCUGCCGUCGAGACGGAGUCAAGGGGGAGCAGCACUUUGUUAGAAGGUAUCAUAUCAAGCAAGUUUAUGGGUCUCAGUGGGCUCAUAAGCUUCAGAAGUGAUGGAGCUCUAACUGAGGGUAAGGGCUACUCGGCGUUUCGGGUCGUUAACGUGGUGGGGAAGAGCUACAGGGAGCUGGGAUUCUGGUUGGAGGGGUUCGGUCUCUACAUAGAGGAGGGUGAGAUGGUCCGCCGUGGGCCGCCGGUGGAUAUCUUCAGCCUGGUGUACUGGCCGGGAGGACCCGAGAGGGUCCCCAGUGGGUGGGGAAAGCUCAAGAUCGGGGUACCGGCGAGGCCGGUGUUCGAUCAGUUUGUGAAGGUGGAGUACGACGAGGGGAAGAAGGUGAUCAAGGAAGUGACCGGGUUUUGCAUCGACAUCUUUAAUGAGACUUUGAAGCGCCUGAAGAAUGACCUCGAGUAUGAGUUCUUCUCCUUCGAUGGCACCUACGACAACCUCGUCAACCAAAUCCCAUUGAAGAAGUAUGAUGCCGUGGUGGGUGAUAUUACCAUUCUAGCCCACCGCUCAAUGAAUGUUACAUUCACAGAGCCAUUCCUCACAUCUGGCCUUGCUAUGCUCGUCCCUGUGAGACCCAACCGCACGCCAUGGAUGCUCACGAAGCCAUUUACAAUGCAAGUGUGGCUUUUGAUCAUUGCCACCUUGAUCUACACAGGGAUCAUCGUGUGGUAUCUGGAACACAAUGUAAACCCCGAGUUUUAUGGGCCCUGGUGGACACAACUUGGAGCCACAUUUUGGCUAAUUUUGUCCACCAUCUUCUUCGCACAAGGGCGGCUGUAUAGUUACUACACUAAAAUAGUGGUGGGGGUAUGGCUCAUUGCGGUCUUGAUCUUGACCUCCAGCUUCACAGCCAAUCUCAGCUCUAUUUUAACUGCCGAGAAGCUUGAACCGAUGGUGGCAGAUAGUAAGGUUGGAUGCGACGGGGCCUCAUUUGCUGUGAAGUACUUACAUGACGUGUUGGGCUACAAGGAGAAUAAGAUUGAGAAGAUCAGCAAAGGAGAAGACUACAUCGAGGCCUUUGAGAGUAGGAAGAUUACGGCAGCCUUUCUUGAGGUUCCCAAUUUACGGGUGUUUCUUUCAAGACAUGGUAAUUACACUGUUCAUGGAGAAACACACAGGCUUGGAGGCUUUGGCUUUGCAUUUUCAAAAGGUUCUCCUAUAGCAGAAGAUUUCUCUCAAGCCAUAUUGGCACUAACCGAGGACGGGACACUGAAGAAGUUGGAGAACAAGUGGUUCUCAGUCUCCCUGUCCAAUUGUCCGACCCCAGACAAGGAUAGAAAAAGGGACAGCCUAAGCUUGGCAAGCUUUUGGGCGCUCUUCCUCCUCACCGGCGGCACUUCGACCGUCGUCUUUCUUAUCUUCGAGGCUCGCUCGAUCAUCCACCGAGCAGGUGUAUCCUUGAGGGAAAGGUUCAAUAUGAUCUGGAAAAGAGGAGGGCCCGGACUUGAAAGAGCAGCACCCGAUUCUUCAGAUCAGGAAAAGGAUGCUACGAGCGCAGAUCAACAGACCAUCCAAUUACUCGACAGUGCCCCAUAG